GAGGUUUUACAGGCCGAUCCAGUGAGUUGAGAAAUUCAGACCAACAGUUUCUCCUAAACAUAAGACCCAUCCUUCCACUAUAUGAACCCAUCUUGUCCUAAAUUCUUCCCUCAGCCUCAACAGCACCUCCUCCUCCAACAAACAGCAACAGAAAGUUGAUAAAUAAAAAGGAGAGAGCUUCAUCGGAAGAACUCCAAAGACUCGCUCAUUCGUCCCAUAUUUGAUCAUAAAUCAUGGGAGGCUGCGCGAGCAAACCAAAGGAGUUCGAUACCGCCCGCCCUGAGGCUCUCCCAACUGAGUCCACCAGACCCGAGAAAGCAGACCGUGAAGCUGAAACGACUACUGAUAGUACCAACGUUGCAGCUAAUCAAGGGGCGGAGGACACCACCAACACCACCAAUGUAGAAGCAGAAGCACCUCUGGUAGAUCUCUCAGAGCCAAAGGAGGAGGAGGAGGAGGAAGCCGCACCUGUUGUUGUUCCUGCUGCUGCUGCUGCUGAGGCUAAGCCUGAGGCUGCGGCUGCGGCUGAGGUGGUACCAACUCAGAAACCAAAAGAGGAAAAAGUAGCUGAUCAAGUUGAAGUUGCUGCCAGGCAACUAGCAGAGGUCAAUCUUGUUGAGGCUGCUAAGGAGACCAAAGAGAAAGAGCUGCUGCCGGCUCAAGAGAUCAAACCAAAGGCCAAAGAGGAGCAGCCUGCUGCAGAGAUCAAACCCAAGGCCAAAGAGGAGAAGCAGCCUGCUGCAGACAUCAUCAAACCCAAGGCCAAGGAGGAGGAGCCUGCUGCAGACAUCAAACCAAAGGCAGCUCCUGCCUCAGAGGGCAAGAAUAAAGAUGCACCUAUUCUCACUGUUUGAUCCAUUGCGCUUCCAAUCUAAAUCUAGCUACUAAUUAAUGUAUCUCCCAAAAAAGAGCCAUAAAGUGCAACACAGCAUUGAUGGAUAUAUUGGUGCACUUUGUAUCUGAAUUUUUGGGACUCCACAACCACAAGUAUUGAAAAUCCUAUUUUACUUAUAUCCCAUAAUUUUUAAGUUAUCUAUGCUAUAUGCCUCAUAGUCGUUU